GGUGUGUGUGCGUUUGUUUAUUCAAGUGACGAAUUUGCCGGCGCACAAUUGGCUCAUUAUUUUCGUACAAAAUGGCACAAAAUUCGUGUUUACAUAGAAAUGAAAUACGGGAAAAUCAUAGAACUAACAAUAGUGAAGGAAAGGCACCAUUCCUUAUUGGGGUCGCUGGGGGAACGGCGAGCGGCAAAUCUACAGUGUGUAAAAGGAUCAUGGAGAAGUUGGGGCAGGUUGAUAUGGACCAGAAGCAACGACAGGUUGUCACUAUCAGCCAAGAUAGCUUUUACCGAAUUUUAACAGCAGAGGAAAAGACAAAGGCUCAGAAGGGCUUGUACAAUUUUGAUCAUCCAGAUGCUUUCGACAAUGACUUGAUCUUGCAAACUCUGCGUGAUAUACUGGCUGGAAAGAAGUGUGAAAUACCAGAAUAUGACUACAAAACUAAUUCAAGAUGUGAAGAUAAAUUCAUCACUAUAUACCCUGCAGAUGUAGUUUUGUUUGAAGGAAUCCUUGUAUUUUAUUUUCCUGAAAUUCGAGAAUUAUUUCACAUGAAAUUGUUUGUUGACACGGACUCAGACACUAGAUUGGCUCGUAGAGUGCCAAGAGACAUCAAUGAACGAGGAAGAGAUUUGGAACAGGUGUUGAAUCAGUACAUGAAUUUCGUGAAACCUGCAUUUGAAGAAUUUUGUUCCCCUACAAAGAAGUAUGCAGAUGUCAUUAUCCCCCGUGGAGCUGAUAACACUGUUGCCAUUGACCUGAUAGUUCACCACAUCUGGGAUAUAUUACAUGGCGUGGUGAACCGAAGAUGGGCUAGCUCUAGCUCAAGCUCAGAAAACCUUAGCAGGUAGAUUUGCUGCAUGAUUUGAACAUUCCAGGGCAUAUAACAUAUGAACCUUUGGCAGUGUCCAUGUAUAAUGGUAUCCAGCCAUGCACUCAAUAAUAUUUAAAAAUGCUUUGGUUCUGCCACACGGACUUGGUAUUUUACUGUGCCACAAAAUUAUUAUAGUCAAUAAAAGUUCUCAAAAUAAAUUAUUUUUCAAGGAUGUCACUUAACUGUUUGUUCAGUGUUACAAAUGCAUGUCUAGUGUGGCAGACACUAUUCCUAACCUUAUGUGAGGCAAGAAUGUAAAGUUGGGUUAUACUAAGCAAAAAAGAAAAAAAAAGAAAAAAAAGGGAAUUGUACAAGAUGCACAAGAUUUGAUCAUGAAUCUUGAUCUAUAUGGUUCUCAGUAUUCAUUUCUUGCCUCAUAUAGACCUGCUGGGUGCUUUACUUUAGACUAAAAGUUAUUUAAUAAAUCAUUGAAUAGUAUUUCAUCAACAAACUAGAAGCACAUUAUUGACUUUUGUCUUUUUGUUGUCUUAUUUGUAUUAUUUAAUUAAAUAUUCAUAUUUAAUUACUGUGUCGUGGAACUGUGUCAUUCUGUAUAUAUUCCAGAAGCAUAAAGCAAGUAAAGUUUUUGUAUUAACGUGUAUUUCUUGCACAAAAAUACUUUUAUUUGUUGUUCAUGUUUAGUUACUCUUGUAGUAUGGUACAUAAUUUAAUUUUUGAUGCUGCAGGAAUAUUAUCAGGUAAACUAAACUAUUUUAAAUAGUAAGGCUGUGAAAUAGUAUCAGUAUUUUACUGUGACUGAUGAAAUGUUACUUUGAUAGCAUAUCUUGGAGAAAAGGUAAUUUCAAGUUGUUUCAGAAGGUCAGCUGUAUGUGUAUUAUAUGUACAUUUGUAAAACGGAAUGCUUUGAACGGUCCUCUUCCUGUACACUUGGGAACUAUCCACUGAUUAUGUUGUGCAGGAGGGAAAUAUUGUUCUCAAGGACUGCCUCUCUUUCCAUAAAAGUGUGAAAAUGAAAUGUUUAUUAAUUUCACUAUUGUACUGUAGUAUUGAUAUGAGAGGUUAUCUGCAGGAUUUCUUUGAUGGGAAAAAUCACAUCUUGGAUAUGACUCUGUGAAAAUCAGAAUGAUUUUCACUUGUAACAUUUAUUUCCUUUCUGAGAUCUGUAUGUUCUGUAUGAUUCGUACCUGUUGUUUAAAAUUGAUGACACCAUUAUCUAUAUAUAGAUAAUGCCAAACAUUUACACUCUGCGAGUGUUUUGUGACAGUCUUCCUUUUAAUAAAUAUGAACAAUAUCAUAAUUUGAGCCAGUUGCUAAGCACUAAUAAGAACAUGAAGAAAACCUUCUGUAUAUCGUCAAAUCCUUCUUACAUUGUGAGUUUACUAAUGUUUACUGUUCUGCUUUCAGUCAUAACGGUUUAUUAUUAUUCAGAUGCACAUUAGUCAAUUCAUUCCGUGUUAUGAUAUUUGUAAUUGUGUGUGCCUGAAAAUAACAUUAGUAUGGACAUGUAGUAAUACAAUAGAUGUCUGUUAAACUCCAAAGCCUACCUGAACGAGGUUUGCAAUUUGUGUGUAGCAGAGGGAGAUUAGUCAUGUGUAAAUAAAUUGUAAUCCAUUGAGUGCACUAUAUUUGUGUGAUUCAUUAUGAACUGUUUAUAAGCUAUCUAGUUUGUGUUUUGGAUGUUAUUGACGCUAGGGGAAGAAGAAAAAAUCAGAAACAGAAAAUAUUUGGUCCUGAGAAGUAAAAAUUGCGCACCUCUAAAUUCACUUAGCAAUUACUGAAAAAAAAUCAUACAGAUUCUGCUACAUUGUCUGUUUCUCUAAGUUAUAAGUAUUUGUGUAGCGAGGAAAAAAAUACAAAGCUAUAAAAGUUAUUUUGCUGCAAUAACUGCCUGUAUCAUCAGUAUCUCACGGUUUUCACAAUUUAAAUGGUGCUCAGAAUGCUGCAGAGAUUUUUUAGAAACUUAAGGAUCCUUCAGCUGUUAUAUCAGUGCUGAAGAAACAAAUCAGAGCUGCAGUUCUUGUCACCAUAACUUAAACAAAUAUUUGUGAGUAUUCAGUAUUUUUUAUUGAGGUUUUGACAUUCCACUUGUGAGACUGAGUUUUGAUUUGGAUGUACUUAAAAUGUGGCUUUGUAUUUUGAAUAAACAAGUAAGAGCAAAA